AUGGGUGCAACCCCGUUUCACCAUUCCGUCCUCGAGGUUCGGCUACCAAAGCACUUUGAUAAGCCGACGGACAUGAGGUACAACGGAACUCAAGACCCACAGGAGCAUCUUACGGCCUUUGAGGCCAAAAUUAACCUAGAGGGAGUAGGCGAUGAAGUGAGGUGUCGCGCUUUUCCGGUCACUCUAGCGGGACCUGUCAUAUGGUGGUUUAACAGCCUUCCGCAUGGCUCUGUUGCCAUGUUUUCGGAUAUUAGCCGCGCUUUCUUGGCCCAAUUCACUACCAGGAUCGCAAAGGCGAAGCACCCGAUCAACUUGCUCGGGGUGACACAAAGACCCGGUGAGCCGACCAGAAAAUAUUUGGAUCGAUUCAACGAUGAGUGUUUGGAGAUUGACGGGCUAACCGAUUCGGUGGCUAGUUUGUGUUUGACGAAUGGACUUCUGAACAAGGAUUUCAGGAAGCAUAUCACCACGAAGCCGGUGUGGACGAUGCAGGAGAUCCAAAGCGUGGCCAGGGAAUAUAUCAACGAUGAAGAAGUCAGUCAAGUCGUGGCUGCCAACAAGCGGCAACCCACCUACAAUCAACCUCGGCAGCAUGGUGGCGGGGAAAGGCAGAAGGAGCACGCCAGAGACGGCGGUCCAGUUUAUCAGCAGAUAGCCGAGAGGGGAAUUUUGUCGAAGCUGCGACCUCUAAAGGACCGAACCGGGGGGAACAAGAGCCUCUAUUGUGAUUAUCACAAGGGCUAUGGACAUAAGACACAGGAUUGUUUCGACCUGAAGGACGCGCUAGAACAAGCGAUCCGGGACGGAAAACUGGCCGAAUUCUCCCAUCUCAUUAGGGAGCCGAGGAGACGAGAUCGCGACCGCGAGGGAGAGGAAAAGACCCGCGCAGUGAAACGACGUCAUGAGCCGGAGGACAACGAGCACGGCCUUACCAUAGUGAACGUGGUAACAGCAAGAGACGCGGCUCCAAGGUUGAGGUCGGCACACAAGAAAGACGCCAAAGUCCUGGCGGUUUCCUCAUCUUCCGUGCAAAGCUCAAGAGGGUUCCACCCAUCUCAUUCGGUCCAGAGGACCAAUGGUUCGAUGAGGUCACGGAAAACCCUCCCAUGGUCAUCACGGCCAGAGUGGGAACCAGCCUCAUCAAGCGGAUCCUCGUAG